AUGUCUUUUAAAAUCAUUACCCUGAGGUGGUACCAUGAUGGGGUAUUAGUUCCUGGUAACUUUGCUCGUUAUGUGGGUGGUAGUCAAACAUUGACUUUAGAUGUAGAUGUAGAUUUACUGUCUCUUAUUGAACUGAUGAACUACACUGGGAUCUAUGACUUUCAAAAUGUGGCUGAGUUGUAUAUUUGUCCAAUGGAUAGGAUAGAUAAAUUGGUAAAUAUUCUCAUAGACAAGGAUAUUUUAGACAUUUGUAAUGAAUUGGAAGAUGGGGAUACCUUAGAUAUUUAUGUGACUCAUGCUGCCCCUUUAUGUGUUGUUGACAUAAAUGAGGCUAGUAAAGGGGUUGGUGGGUCUAAUAGUGGAGCUUUUAAGAGCACAACUGUCUUAGAAGAAGAGGAAGAUAGUCAAUCUGAAUCUGAAUCUGCCCCUGCUCAUGAACCUAUCCCUUCCCCUUCCCCUUCCCCUUCUCCUUCUCCUGAACCUGCUCCUGCCCCUGCACCUUCAAGAGAACAAGAGAGUAGAGUAGAUAGUGAAUCAAACUUUGAUAAUAGUGAAGGUGAGGAUGAUAAUGAGAAUGAUUCAGUCUUUGACAAUAGUGAUAGUGAUGAGAGUGAUGGAGUAGAUUUACAUGUUCCUGAUGAUAAGGAUUAUGGAUCUGAUGUUCAUGAAGAAUCUGUAGAGUGUAGGGAUGAAUUGAGGAAGUAUAGGAGGAAAGGGGGUGAAAGGCCAAAAGCUAGAGGUGAUAUUAACCUAGGUGAUGCAGGAGUUGAUAUUGGUUUUGAUGAAUUAAGAACUGGUAGCAAGCAAGAUAGGUACACGGGCUUAGUAGGGACAUAUAAGCCUUACUUUGGGUCUUCAGAUGCUGAAAGUUUUCCUUCAGAUGCUAAAGAAGAAUUUGAUGAAGAACAUAAGGAGAAAAUGGCUGCCAAGAGGAGGAAGAAAACACUGAUAUUUGAUCCAACUGUCAAAAAAAUAACUUGGGAGUUAGGGCUGAUUUUUGAGAGUGUUGAACAAUUUAGGUUUGUUGUUAGUAAGUAUGCGAUUCAGAAAGGAGUUCAAAUUGAAAAGUAUAUUAAUGAACCUGGUAGGGUGAGGGUAAGAUGCAUGCAUCCAAAAUGUCCAUGGAUCUUGGCUGCAAGCAAAGAUGGCAGAUCCAACAAUUUUAAGAUAAAAAGGUAUUGUCAUGUCCACAAGUGUUACAAAACAAAUAAAAAUAAGCUUUGCAACUCCAGAUACCUAGCAAAGCAUUACAGGGAUAAGAUUGUGUGUCAACCAAAUGUGAAAGUUUGGGAGCUAAAGAAACUCAUUAAGGAUGAACUGGAAAUGUAUGUUGGUAGGUCUACUGUACAUAGAGCUAGAGCAAAAAUUCUGAAGGAGAUAAUAAGUGAUGUGCAUGUUGAGUUCAAGAGACUCUAUGAUUAUAAAGAUAUUCUGUUACAGAUUCUACUCCAGCAAAUGCUUCAUAUAUACAAAGAUGUGGAGGAAGAGGAAGAGGCAGAGCAAGAGGAACAUGAACUGUUGGCAGAGCUUCAACUCCAACUACUUCUACCCCUGCUGCUGCUGGUAGAGGAAGAGGAACUGUUGCUAGUAGAGGAAGAGGAACUGGUAGUGAUAGGGGAAGUUCUAGGUUUGGACUAUUUCAAUCAAGCAAUGGGUUCACAAGUUUUUCUUCUGGUGGAGGUAAGCCAAGAGUGGUCUCUCAUGGCGGUGAAAAGAGGUUCUUGGAAGAUAUUUUAGAGUGUGCAUACAAGCCAAAAAGUGGUGUAAAAUGGAAUGGUAGACCAGCAAUUACUAGAAGAUAACUUGAAAGAACUGCUGCAACUCGUUCUAGAACUGCCGCAUCUCAAUCCAAUUUAAGUCAAGUAAGUUCAUCAUCCCAGCCAUCCAAGAACAACCACUAAAUUCUGUUAUUGUCACUGUUAAUUUAUUUUGGAACUGCUGUAAUUUCCCUUUGGAACUGUAAUUUAUUUUGGAACUGCUGUUAGGUUAAUUUGGAGCUGCUAUUUAGGUUUGCUGUUAGUGUUGUUAUUUUGUUAAGGCAGCCUGCUGUUAUUUUGGUAUGCUGUAAAACUGGGCAGCGUAUAUUUUUGUUAAGGUAGGAUGCUGCU